UGAGAUUCAUGUCUCCAAUUCUCAGUGAAAUCUUUCUUUCUGGGUUUAUGAUAAAUUCUACAUUCAUUCGCAGGACCCAUCUCGUUCAAUCCUUCUCAGUUGUUUUUCUCUACUGGUUGUAUUACGUUUCAUGAUUUUGGCUUUAAUCUCUGCUACCUAGUCUAUAAUAUAUAAAUAAAAUUACUACUGGUACUACUGCUACUAUCUAUCUGCAUUAUUUUUCUUUAUUAGGGGUGUUUUUAUUGUCUUUUGGGUCCUGCUAUUAUCAUCUCUCUCUUGAUUUACUCUCUCUGCGUUGCAAAAAUUAAAAAAUCUGUCCAAGUUAUCUGCAAUUUCCAUGGCUUCCUCUAGUGGCACAUCUUCGGGGUCAUCAACUUUGCUACAAAACUCAGGGUCUGAGGAGGACCUGCAGGCAUUGAUGGAUGAAAGGAAAAGGAAGAGAAUGAUAUCAAACAGAGAAUCAGCAAGGAGGUCCAGGAUGAGGAAGCAGAAGCAUUUGGAUGAUCUCAUGGCUCAGGUAACUCAGCUGCGGAAAGAGAAUCAUCAGAUCAUCACAAGGAUAAACAUCAUCACCCAGCAUUACCUGAAUGUUGAGGCUGAGAACUCAGUGCUUAAAGCUCAAGCCAACGAGCUUAGCCACAGAUUGCAGUCUUUGAAUGAGAUCAACAGUUACUUGAAUGCAAACAAUGGCAGUAAUUUUGAUGCUGAAGAUGCAACAAGCCUUGCUUUCACUGAACCUGCUGACAGCUUCCUUAACCCAUUCAAUUUGGCCUACUUGAAUCAGCCUAUCAUGGCCUCUGCAGAUAACAUGUUUCACUAUUAAUCCCAUGAGCUUAUUGGAGUUCAGUCAAAAGGGAGGAAAGAUUAAGAGAGAUGAGGAGUCCUUUUUAAAUUUUUUGUUUUUUUUGUUUUGGUUCAGAGUCCUUUUUAAGAUAAUGUUAUCAGUAGGGAGUGGUGAGAAAUAAGGUAUGUGUAGGACAGUUGGACUGUGCUUAUUGGGUUGUUGAAGACUUGGUAUGUAAAUGGGGUUGAAUUAUAAGUAUGUGAUGCAAGCCCAAUGAAUGUAUUUGGGGGUUUAGUAUAAAAUAAAAUAAAUUUGUGAAGAAAGCUUUUGUUAUGGGUAGUUUCAACUUCUCCUGUGAAAGCUCUUGUAGUUGACAUCAAUUCUUUUGUUUGACUGAUCUCCUGCAAAUAUCAAAGAGCUUAAAAAUGAUGGCUUCCUGCAUAAUAAUGUUUGACGGA